AUGGCUCAAUUUGCAAAGCUAUCUAUCUUUGGAACCGUCUUUGAGGUCACUACUCGCUAUGUCGAUCUCCAACCUGUCGGCAUGGGUGCCUUUGGUCUCGUCUGCUCCGCCAAGGACGAGCUGACUGGCCAACCCGUCGCCAUCAAGAAGAUCAUGAAGCCCUUCAGUACUCCAGUCCUUUCAAAGCGCACUUACAGAGAAUUGAAGCUGCUAAAGCAUCUCAAGCAUGAAAAUAUUAUCUGCUUGAGUGACAUUUUCAUCUCGCCACUGGAGGAUAUUUACUUUGUGACCGAACUGCUCGGAACCGAUUUGCAUCGUCUGUUGACCUCGCGGCCUCUUGAUAAGCAGUUCAUCCAGUACUUCCUGUAUCAGAUCCUGCGUGGCCUCAAAUACCUUCACUCAGCCGGCGUUGUCCAUCGUGACUUGAAACCAAGCAAUAUUUUGGUCAACGAGAACUGCGAUCUCAAGAUUUGCGACUUUGGCCUGGCCCGUAUUCAGGACCCUCAGAUGACCGGAUAUGUCUCCACACGCUACUACCGUGCACCAGAGAUCAUGUUGACAUGGCAAAAGUACGAUGUGGCUGUCGAUAUCUGGAGUGUCGGAUGCAUUUUCGCUGAGAUGCUGGAGGGCAAGCCACUGUUCCCUGGAAAGGAUCACGUCAACCAGUUCUCGAUCAUCACUGAGUUGCUCGGCACACCACCAGAUGAUGUUAUCCAGACCAUUGGUAGCGAAAACACCCUUCGCUUUGUCCAGUCACUCCCCAAGAGAGAAAAGAUUCCAUUGACGACAAAGUUCCCCAACUCUGACCCUGUUGCACUGGACUUGCUCGAGAGGAUGUUGGUGUUUGACCCCAAGAAGCGUAUGACAGCUGGAGAUGCCCUUUACCACAAGUACCUCGAGCCCUACCACGAUCCCGAUGAUGAGCCCGUGGCCGCCGAGGUCUUUGACUGGUCCUUCAACGACGCCGAUCUGCCUGUGGACACAUGGAAGGUCAUGAUGUACAGCGAGAUUUUGGACUUCCACCACGUGGAUGAGAACCAAGCCAACUUUGUGGGCGGUGUUCAACCGGUUCCCGGCCAGGCACCUCAGGUCUUUGCCUGAAAAUCGAACUGAAAGUCGCUUCGUCAUAGCGAAACCUGAGAACCCCAUCGCAUAUUCAGCAAUACGUUUGUAUGUAAUACUAUAAAAUAUACUGUACUACAAUUAUCAUGAAUCUGAAGUCGAAGGGAAAGCGAUAACGAUGUAAAUAAGGUUUUCUGGAAUUGGCAUAGAGUGAAGAUGGUGAAGAUGGACUUGAUAGACAACGGCCCAGUCGGUGAGGGGUUCAGUUUAUCCUGCUCGGGUCGGUGAGUAAUGAUAUAUCUGGCAACCGGAAUGAACUCUUUCUGGUAUGUUCAG